GAGAAAAACUCAUCAAGAAAACACUCAGGAUCAUUUGUGUCACCUGCUUUCCACCAAACUACCGACUCAGGACAGACUGAAGGCGACCAGAGAGAAAACUGAGGAACCAGACGCUGGAACACAGACUGCUGCUGGAGGAAAACCAAGGAAACCAAAGUGAAACUUCACUCAGAGACAAAAUGGCUUCCAGGUUAGAGGAGGAUCUCUGCUGUCCGGUCUGUCAGGACGUCUUUAAGGAUCCGGUUGUUCUGUCAUGUAGCCACAGCUUCUGUAAGGAGUGUCUGAAGAACUGGUUUACAGAGAAACCAGUAAAAGAGUGUCCAGUUUGUAAGAGGAGAUCUUCAAAAGAAAAUCCACCUUUAGAUCUAGCUCUGAAGAAUCUGUGUGAGUCUUUCUUACAGCAGAGAGAGCAGAGAGCUUCAGAGGAUCUCUGCUCUCUGCACUCUGAGAAACUCAAACUCUUCUGUCUGGACCAUCAGCAGCCAGUGUGUCUCGUCUGCAGAGAUUCAGAAAAACACAACAACCACAGAUUCAGACCCAUCGAUGAAGCUGCUCAGCAACACAAGAAGAAACUUCAGGAAACUCUGGAGCCUUUAAAGAAGAAGCUGGAGCUCAGGAAGAAAGUUCAGAAGAAGUUUGAUCAGACAGCAGAACACCUGAAGGUCCAGGCCCGACACACAGAGAGGCAGAUAAUGGAGCAGUUUAAGCAGCUUUAUCAGUUUCUAGCAGAGGAAGAGGAGGCCAGGCUGGCUGCACUGAGGGAGGAAGAGGAGCAGAAGAGAGGGAUGAUGAAGGAGAAGAUGGAGGCUCUGAGCAGAGAGAUAGCAGCUCUUUCAGACACAGUCAGAGCCACAGAGGAGGAGCUGAGAGCUGAAGACAUCUCAUUCCUGCACAACUACAAGGCUGCAGUGGAAAGAGUCCAGCGCUGCCCCCUGCUGGAGGAUCCACAGCUGCCCUCAGGAGCUCUGAUAGACCAGGCCAAACAUCUGGGCAACCUGGCCUUCAACAUCUGGAGCAACAUGGAGAACAUGGUGACCUACACUCCUCUGGUUCUGGACCCAAACACAGCUGGUAAAAAACUCCAUCUGUCUGAAGUUCUGACCAGUUUGACUGUAGGAGAUAAACAGCAGCUUCCUGAUAAUCCAGAGAGAUUUGAUUAUUAUUGGUCUGUUGUGAGUUCUGAUGGUUUUAACUCAGGGAACCACAGCUGGGAUGUUGAUGUUGGAGGCAAUGACAUAUGGAGACUUGGUGUGAUAGAAGAGUCUGUUAAGAGGAAGGGAGGACUAAAGUCUGGAUGGUUGUAUAUAUGGUUCAAUGAAGAUGUAUACUCAGCACAUUCUCCACCAGCUCCUUCCACUCGUCUCUCAGUCCAGAAUCUCCAGAGGAUCAGAGUGAAUCUGGACUGGGACAGAGGAAAACUGUCCUUCUCUGAUCUGGAUACUAACACACACAUACACACCUUCACACACACCUUCACUGACAAGAUGUUUCCAUAUUUCAACACGUAUGAAACAGUAAAGAUUCUACCGAUGAAGAUCUCAGUGAUCAAACAGCAGCUCUGAUGAUCUCAGCAUGAAGAACAAAAAGUCCAAAUCAAACAUUAUUGAUCAGAUGAUUGAUUGAUUUUAUG